AUUGAUUUAAUGACAUAUCAUUCUAUAGCUAUGAAGAAGCCGACUUCAUUAUGACCACUACUAACCGAGCUGUGCCGUUACUCUCAUGACAAGCCUAUCAUCGUAAGCUAUAUGCUAAAGCAGGAAAAUCCAAGCUUGGAAUUGGCUAGUUCCGCAACACUAGCGCAGAUGCCAAGGAGGUCUCGUAUGCCACGCCAUGUAGCCUACAACCCUCGAUCAGAUCUCAGCCAUAAGUCCCUCAUUGAUACUUUGAACCAAGUAGACUCCCCUUAACUACUGAUCCACGGUUCAAAGUUGAGCUCUUCCAAACUUAGUUUAAUACAAGCUUAACCAGGACGUUCGCCAAACAUCUGCCUUCACACUUGGUAUACUGAUCCAAGGGCCCUCAUGCAUGCUGCGAGGCACGGCACUGUACAGAUCUUUCUCUGACUCCGCCAUGAAAAUAGCGAAAAACUAUAAUAUCGCGGAACGUUUUGGCACAUUUACAUGCCAGUCGACCGAUACCGGAUCAAACGUCAGAGUUUCUCCGCUAUUGUACAUCAAUGAGUCAAACAUGCAAGAGCCUUGGGUUCUCUAAUUUGCUUACAGGCUGCCUUUGUACACUGCAUAAACUCUUCGUGGCGGGAAAUUAGCAAAAGGUAUAUAGUCCCGAAAAGUCACCAGAAACCUCCGUAAACAAACUGGCCACUUCCCGUAGCUCCUGCACUCACGAAAUACACGUGCUAAUUCUU